AUGCGCCGUAGUUCAGUUGUACGAUGGACUUUUUCAAAUAAUACUGGCCAAUAUAGUCCACCUAUUUAUAUGCCUUUAGAGUAUGCUAGUCGUGUUACAAACCAAAAACAAUUAGUAUUUACACAUCCGAAAGAUCCCAAGUAUGGAUGGAAUACUCAUGUGCAUGAGUUGGCUUCACUUCAUCCUGGUCUGCUUGGGCCUGGUAGACGAACACCGCAGCUGAAUUGGUAUAAUCGUGGCGGUAUUGUUUGUGAAAUUCCUCCAGUUCCAGUGUAUCGAUCCCACAUAUGGUGUCAAGGACAUUCUCAUUUUAUUUUGCAGCACCCAAAAAUUUUUAUUAAAUGUCCUGUGGGGAAGGUAGUCUGUUGUAAGUGGUGUAGGCUUAAGUUUAUUAAUAUGUCUACAGAUGAGGAUAAUGAUGAUGAUUGGCAAGAGGAGGAACAGAAAAUUGCUACAACCCCAGAAUUGCUAAAAGAUUUAAUGGAACCUAUCCGAGAUAUUGGUGGUGUGCUUCGCAAUCAACGUUUUCAGGAUGGGAAGGAACCGGACCCUCAUGUCUAUCGUUCAGUGUUUAACCCUGAGCGAUACAGGUGGAAACAUCCUCAUCACAAGUAUGAGGUGCAUCCAGCUUAUGCGGAAUCUAAAUCUAGUGGUGGAAGUGGAGGUGGAAACAGUGCACAUUAG